AUGAAACGACUUGAACUUGUGGUAUUGCUAAGCGGCGCCAUCCUGUGGUCAGAAGCGUUCAGUACGGGGAAUACAACACGGAGUGUGCUGAGUCGACGUCGAAGAUAUGUAGCAUUUCCCGAAGGCUCCUCAGUUUCAGCUGCGAUUUGUAUGAUUAUAGGUGUAAUUUCAAAGCCAACUGACUUCCUGACCUCAUCUGUGAACUGGGGUGUUGCCUAUGAUUUGCCCAGUUUUGAGUGGGCACGCCAACAUUCCAACGGAUUUUCCAAUAAGCCGAAAGCUGUAGUGCAGAGACGAUCUCGCAGAGAUCUGUACCAGAAACUUGAAAUCAUAGUUGAUAACAUGGGAUUUCCCGGAACAGACUGCAUAUCUCGGGCAUUAUGUGAAAGUGGACAAUUUUUAAAGGAUAUUCCGAAAAUCAAGGGAAAUAUGGUGGAAGAGUUAAUCAAAAUUAUUUUUAGUUUUCCAUCGGAGGAGUUGACUCGGGAGGAAUCUGCGGAACAUCACCACUACGCUCAUGUUUAUCGCCGGGCAAAACGAUCGCGGAUUGAUUGUAGUGUGGAAUAUGCCGGUUGUCAAAUCUCCCUGCUGGAUUUAAUUUUGGGGCGAUAUUCAAUGCCUGUUCAAAAUUUACCCCAGAACACGAUUUUCAUGUAG